AUGGCAUCGGCUGUACCCAAUCAACAGUUUCCAUCGUGUGUACGCUGUAAAGACUUUAUCACUACGGGGCACGCAUAUGAAUUGGGUUGCGAUAGAUGGCAUACACAUUGCUUCGCCUGUUACAAGUGUGAGAAACCAUUAAGUUGUGAAUCUGAUUUUUUGGUUCUUGGAACCGGUGCCUUGAUCUGUUUCGAUUGUUCCGAUUCCUGUAAAAACUGUGGUAAAAAGAUCGAUGAUCUGGCCAUAAUACUAUCUUCUUCAAAUGAAGCCUAUUGUUCGGAUUGUUUUAAAUGUUGUAAGUGUGGUGAGAAUAUUGCAGAUCUACGGUAUGCGAAGACUAAGCGAGGUCUAUUCUGUUUGAAUUGUCAUGAAAAGCUAUUAGCUAAAAGAAAAUACUAUGAGGAGAAAAAAAGGCGACUCAAAAAAAAUCUGCCGAGUUUACCCAAUCCUGUAAUUGAUAGUGACCCUAUCGAUGACACUUCAGCGGCAGUCGCUGUUCCAGAAAGAGCAUCCGGUAGACCUAUAUCUCCUGUGAAGAAAAUAUCUUUAGGAUCUGAAUCUCUCAAGGAUAUAGAAACCAAUUCGAGUGAUAUUGUUCCGCACUUUAUCACAGGAUAUAAUGAUAGCGAUGACAACUCUGGAAGUUCAAAAUUUGGCUCAAACGUUUCUAUAGAAAUUAUGGGACUAGCAGGAGAUGACAAGAAGCAGGAAAAAAGUGAAGUUAAAGAGGAAGUGGAGGUGCAUUUAGCGAAUCUGCCGCUUAAUGUUGCGAUAGAUUCCACACCAAAUCAGAAACACUUUUUGGGUAACAAAGAACCUCUGAGCCGUUCAAAAAGCUUGUUAAACAAAACACCAUUGAGGAAUUCAUCCGGACAGCAUGUCGCAAAAUCUCCAAGCUCUUAUAGACAAGGUAUAGUAGUUCAUAACAGUUUUGAAGAGAGCAACCAAAUUGACUCUCCGAACGACGGUUCCCGAAGUGCAAGUGAACUGCUAAGCUCGGUAUUGCAUAGUCCAGUUUCUGUUAGUAUGAAAGAUUCGAAGGGUUUUAAAAAUAACGAUUAUUUAAGCUCCAAUUCUGUAUCUCAGACGGGUCCUUCACUACCGGCGAAGGGAUUGAAGAAUAUCAUUGAAGAAACAAGCUCACUUCAAACAUCUGCUGUUGAGAUUGUGAAAUCAGACAAAAGUGUCAGUGAUUUAGCCGCCGUUCAACAAGAGCAAACGGAUAAAUUUUCGUACUCUUCAAACAAUAAUGGGAACGAUAAGAAAAUUUCAAGAUCGUUGUCACGAAGGUCGAAAGAUUUGAUGACUAAUCUAAAGUCGAAAGCCAUAAACAAACAUGAGAGUAAUUUUAAGCUUUCACCGGCCUCUAAACUAACAUCUAGACGAUCACAAGAUUUAAUUAGAGAUCUUGAUUCACAUCCUGAUUUUAGUACUCCCAGUUCUAACGGCGCCCUUUCAGAAGUUUUAGUGAAGAAUCGAAAAAGCCUUAAUCCCAACCGACUGACUGAUAAUGGCAUUUUGAAAGUCGGUGGUAAGAAGGAGGGCGCUGUUAAUGAACAGAAUGGUUUUAGCAUGAAAUCACCAUCAUCAUUUGGUCAUUUAUUACAAACACCCGCUACGCCAAGUAAUGCAUCGAUGUAUCGGACCCCGCCUCUUGAUAGUUCAUUAACAUUUGAUAGAUUUAAUGGAUCAUCGUAUAGUAACCAAAACUAUAGUUUACCUAGUUGGCAAAAUACUCCAAAGACACAAUUGGAAAAUAGCAGCCAAAUUGGGGAACAGAAAGAAACGGCUUAUGAAAUUAGAGAAUCCAAAAAUGAUUCAUCUCUCGAUAAAGAAAUUACCACAACUGAGUUGCACUUGAAACAUUUAAAAAUAAAUCUGAAGGAACUUGAAUCUCAAAGAGAAGAAUUAAUGAAAGAGAUUGAUGAAAUGAAGAAUACAAAAGAGACCCUACGCCAACAUAUUGAAGCCUACAAUAUCGAAAAGAAUAAAUUAUAUCUCGAAUCUAAUGAUGUUCUAGAAAAUUCCGCAACAAUAAGAGAAACCACUUUAGAUGAAUUAUCACCUGUGAAGCACGUUGCGACUGCAAGUUCUGUAGUACGAAGUUCUGUUAAGCCAAAAUUUUGGAAGUUCUUCUCAUCUGGUAAGCCACAAACCGAGCAAUCCAUUCAGGGAGCCAAUUCAAGUAAUUCAAGCUCGAUCACUAAAAACGCACCAGUUUUGCAUUCAGCUCCUUUGGCUAGUAGUAACUCCGGUCGUAUGGAAAUUUCGCCUCCUGUGCUACAAAAUCCCAAUGAAUUUAGUGAUGUCAGAUUGGUUCCUAUCGAAAGUGACGGAAAUACGGGGCAAAGUAAGGAUGUGGAAGAGUAUUCAAAUGGAAGCAAUCUCUAUGGUUCAAGUUUAGUUGCUAGGUGCAAUUUUGAAAGCAAUAAAAUACCAAUGAUACUUUCUGUGUGCAUAGACUUUAUUGAAUCAGACGAGGAAAAUAUGCGAUCUGAGGGUAUAUAUAGAAAAUCAGGUUCCCAACUAGUUAUAGAAGAAAUAGAAAGACAAUUUUCUUCAUGGGAGGUACUGCAGAAUGCUGACACGCCUAAUAUUUUAAUAGAUCAAGAUCUUAAUGCUGUUACUGGCGUACUAAAACGAUACUUGAGAAAACUUCCCAACCCGAUCUUUACGUUCCAAGUGUACGAACCCUUAAUGAAUUUAGUCAAAUCCAAAAAAAUGAUGGAAAUUUUGCCAUUUGUUGGAGGAAAGCUGUCGAUGGAAGCAAGGAAUUCGGACACUUAUAUGUCAUGUAAGAGUAUUUUGAAAAGCAUACUGGAAGACUUGCCGAAAGAACAUUAUAGGGUCCUAAGAGUACUAAGUGAACAUAUAGAAAAGGUUACACACUAUAGCAAUUGGAAUCGAAUGACACUUUAUAACUUAGCUUUAGUUUUUGCUCCAGGUUUGAUUCGCGAUUUUAGUGGAGAGAAGGAUAUUAUUGAUAUGAAAGAGAGAAAUUAUAUUGUGGCAUUUAUCUUUGGAAACUAUAGAGAUGUCCUGGCGUAG